AUGUCGUACGAUAUCAAUGAUGUCGUGAAGCGUCUGGGCAGCGCAGACUCGGACAUCAAACUCAAGGUCGAUGCUGCUACCAAACUAUGCGACAGUAUUGAUUCGUACACGAGUGGCCCAAUAUACGCACCUUUCCUUCGGCAAUUGCUCCCCAUCUUCCUCCAGAUCCUGAGCGGACCAUGCGUCUUCCACAGCGCCUCCCAGGAGCAGAGGCUCCGACACAUCAUCCUCGAGAUCCUCCACCGUCUACCGAUGCAGUCGACGCCGACUGAACCGUUCGAGCCGUACGCCGUCAAGACCGUCGAAUUGCUUAUGCAGCUCGUGCGCAACGACAACGAGGACAAUGCCACUAUUGCCGUCAAGAUCACAAGCGACAUCCUCCGGCACCAGCAUAAAGUCAUGGGGGAGCAUGUGCAAAAGUUCUUGUCUCUCAUCCUCGAACACUUCGAGCAGAUGGAGAGCAUAGUCAGGGAUCAGCUCGACAACCCAAUGGGCGGCGUCAAUCCACAGACUGGCGCUCCCUCAACGCCUGGGAGCUCUCAGACGACCUUUCAGUCCCCUAGACCGGGCUCGCCGGUUGCCACCAUGUCCGAUUUUGGAGCAGAUCCUCAGCAACACAACCGACCUCUCUUGAAGGGUAUGCGAUCGUUCAAAGUCAUGUGCGAAUGUCCUAUAAUUGUGGUGUCCAUAUUUCAGGUCUAUCGUCAUACCGUGCAGGCGAACGUCAAGAACUUCAUCCCAGUCAUCAAGAAUGUCCUCUCGAUUCAGGCGAACGCGCAAGCUCAGGCACAUGAGGAGGCGGCGCAGCAAGGCCAAAUACACACAGGUGUCGCUUCUGGGAUAAAGAACCGGGCUGCUUUCGGAGACAUGAUCACUGCUCAGGUCAAGACUAUGAGCUUUCUGGCCUAUCUCCUUCGACAGCACAUCAUCAACUACAACUUCCGAGCGAUAUUUUUGCCACAUAUCGAUGAGCUACUGGACGAAAGGACACUCACAGGCGACGGCUUGACGGUGUAUGAGACCAUGCGUCCGUUGGCGUACAGCAUGCUCGCCGACCUUAUCCAUCAUGUGCGCGAUCAGCUGAGCCCGGAUCAAAUACGGAAGACGGUCAAUGUGUAUACACGAAAUCUGCAGGAAAACUACCCAGGUACCAGCUUCCAGACCAUGAGUGCCAAAUUGCUACUUAACAUGGCCGAAUGCAUUGCCAAAAUGCCGAAUAAGGUGGACGCUCGUCACUACCUGCUCAUGAUUCUCAACGCGAUUGGAGACAAGUUUGCCGCCAUGAAUCGACAGUAUCCCAACGCAGUGAAACUGUCGAAACAGUACGAGCAGCAGAAUUCAUCUGGGAUGUCGGACACAUUCCUCGCCGACAAAGAGAGCGAACCAGAGUGGGACGAAAUCGACAUAUUCAACGCUAUGCCGAUCAAAACGUCAAAUCCUCGAGACCGAACGUCAGACCCUGUCCAGGAGAACAAGUUUCUCUUCAAAAACCUUAUGAAUGGGCUGAAGAACACAUUCUACCAGUUGAGGACAUGCAACACAGGGGCGCCGCUCGACCCAACUACCACGCCCCAGCAUUGGCGCGAAGUCUCAUCAGGCUUCACCGCGGAGGAAGUCAACAUCAUUGUCAAGCUGUUCCGAGAGGGCGCCUACGUUUUCCGCUAUUACGAAAUCGAGAAGCCUGCCACGGAAUCGUCUUACGCCUCGCCGGUGGAAUACAUGGCUAACUUCUACAUGGUGUCCAGUACCAAGGAGGAGAAGGAAUUGCUCGAGACUUUUGCGACUGUGUUCCACUGCAUUGACCCGGCCAUCUUCCACGAAGUCUUCCAGCAAGAAAUUCCCCGGCUUUAUGAUAUGAUCUUUGAGCAUACAGCCUUGCUCCAUAUCCCUCAGUUCUUCCUCGCGAGCGAGGCGACGUCGCCGAGUUUCUGUGGCAUGCUUCUUCAUUUCUUAAUGGAGAGAAUCGACGAGGUGGGCUCAGCUGACGUGAAGAAGGCGUCCAUUCUGUUGCGCCUGUUUAAGUUAGCCUUCAUGGCCGUCACUCUGUUUGCGUCACAAAACGAGCAAGUCUUGCUACCUCAUGUGGUCAACAUUGUGACCAAGUCUAUCGAGCUGUCUACAAAGGCAGAGGAGCCUAUCAACUACUUCCUCCUUCUCCGGUCCUUGUUCCGCUCCAUUGGCGGCGGCAAAUUUGAGCAGCUCUACAAGCAAAUUCUUCCUCUGUUGGAGAUGCUUCUGGACGUUCUCAACAACCUGCUCAUGGCUGCUCGGAAACCUUCCGAACGCGAUCUGUACGUUGAGCUCUGCCUCACGGUCCCUGCGCGACUGAGCCAUCUACUACCGCACCUAAGCUUCUUGAUGCGUCCCUUGGUGGUUGCUCUCCGUGCAGGCACAGAUCUGGUGGGUCAGGGCCUUCGCACUCUGGAGCUCUGCGUGGACAACCUGACAGCUGAUUAUCUGGACCCUAUCAUGGCACCUGUGAUCGAUGAGCUAAUGACGGCGCUUUUUGAUCACCUACGUCCUUCACCGUACAACCACUUCCAUUCACAUACCACCAUGCGCAUUCUCGGGAAACUAGGUGGCAGGAACAGGAAGUUCAUGAGCACGGCAGUGGCUUUGAAGUAUCGAGAGUUUUCGGACGACCCUUCCAGCUUCGACAUGAGACUGAUUGGCUCAAAGCGGGACAGAGCUUUCCCGGCCGAUCUGGGCAUCGACUUUGCGAUCACAAAGCUCAUGGAGGUUCCCAGAGUUGGCAAGAACACCCAUCUGCGGCCCUAUGACCCUUACUACAGAAAGCAAGCGUUGCACUUUAUCAAGUCGCAGCUGAAGCUCCGCAUCGGUAUGGACCAGCUCCCGGAAGAUUUCCCGCGCAUAGUGCGCUUGCAGAUCCAGGACUUCCUCACCAAGCAGACCGAUAUCGACUUAUCUGCAUUCGAGGGCACGGACCGGGACCGCUCGAUACCAAAGAAAGACGACCAGGAUGAGAUUGUCAAGCGACUCCUCAAAGCGAUGAUGUAUACCGUGUCAAUGCCCGAGUUCAAGGAAGACUCGGAAGCAUUCCUGAUGAACAUGUGCCGUCACAUUGCUGUCCUCGAAGUAGGGCGGUCGCUGGUGGAUCUGAAGCGUAACAUGAGCCCGUUCAACCCUAACGCUGGCGAAGGGCCUCUAUGUAUCGACACAAGAUGCCUUUGCGACGCUAUUGUUGAGUCGCUUGCCUCAGACCAGCCCGACGUCCGAGACGUUGCAAAAGCAGUCAUCCGCGAGAUGUACGACACGGCGGCUACGAUCAUCGGUUCGGAGACGCAGGUGGGCCGCCUGUAUUUCUUCAGUCACCUCACGACAAUCUUCUGCCACAGCUGUUACGAGGAAGAAUGGUUCACCAAGACGGGCGGUAGCUUGGGCAUCCACUUCAUGCUGACCGAGCUGGACCUGGGCGACCACUGGAUCCAAACAAAGCAAACAGAGUUUAUUCGUGCUCUAUUGUAUGUUAUCAAGGAUAUGCCUCAGGAUCUGCCGGAGAAGACCCGUCGGCUAGCUCAGACCAGUCUCGAGGUCUUGCUGAAACGCAUAACAAAGAACAUGGAGAAGGCGGCCGCGAUGCCUGUACCACACGUCCAAGGUCAGCCGCCACCCAAGCAACCGCGGCUGGCCCAAAUUUGCAUGCAGCUCAACACCGAGUUGUCUCACAUGAACAAGCACGUCCGUGCAACGGCCAAGAGCUCGCUCGAGCUGAUCGCCAACGCGGUGCAGUGUGAGGUCUGGGAACUUCUUGAGCCGUACAAAGAGCGAUUCCUUCAACCGAUAUAUUCGAAACCGCUGCGAGCGCUUCCUUUCGCUACGCAGAUCGGGUAUAUCAACGCGAUGAACUACCACAUGGCGCUGAAGAGUGAUUGGAUCGCGUUUGAUGAGAACCUCAACAGGUUGCUUCUCGAGUCCCUGGCUCUAGCGGACGCCAACGAUGAGUCACUGGCCAACAAGCCAGCAGAGUAUCGCACUCACGAGCACAUUGUGGACCUGCGAGUCUCGUGCAUUCGUUUGUUGAGCACCGCCAUGGGCUUUGAAGAGUUCAAUUCGAACCAACAUACCAAGAGCCGUGUUCUCUCGGUGUUCUUCAAGUGCUUGUACUCGGAAUCGAAACCGACGAUAGCAGCUGCUAACGAUGCGCUGAAAGCAGUACUCGCCGUUGACCGUCGGCUGCCUAAAGACCUGCUUCAAGGUGGUCUGCGUCCAGUAUUGCAGAAUCUGUCCGAACCUAAGCGUCUUAGCGUGCCUGGGUUGGACAACCUCGCUCGCCUGCUCAAACUUCUCACGAGCUACUUCAAAACGGAGAUUGGCACAAGAUUGCUUGAUCAGAUCGAGUCCAUCGUCGAACCCAACGCCUGGCAGCAGAUCUCAUUCAUCUAUUUUGAAGAGAAUCCGCAGAUGAAGGUCAUCACAGCCGUACUCAACAUUUUCCACCUGCUGCCUGCUCCGGCCGAGGCGUUCAAGGAGAGGCUCAUUGAGACAUUUAUGGGUCUUGAAGAGCGCCUGAGGAGAACGCAUCUCAGUCCAUUCCGCGCACCUAUCUAUCGAUACCUGAACCGAUACCCCAAGGAGAUCUGGGCUUACUUGCUUGGGAAAAUCGACGAGCUGAAAUAUGGCCGCCUGCUUGGCCAGGUAUUGAGUCAUCCUGACAGUGGGCCAUUGCGUGAAGCUGCCGUUGCAGACAUCGACGGUUUGAUCAGCAAGUGUAAGGCUGUCAUUGUGCAAGGCACGGACACGAAGUUUGUGGCUAUCGUCAACACCAUUCACGUGCUUCACUCGCUCGGCGGAUAUCCAAGCUCGAGCGAGUGGAUGGGCCAGAAGGAAAACAUCAAUUGGCUCAAGGAGCUUGGCAAGGACAUGGAGCAGCAGCUGCGAACCUAUUCUGUGGCACCCCACUUACGCUUACCCUCGUUACAAGCGGGUGAACAGUUGAUGACAAUCCUCAUCAGCUCUCUUAAGCGAAAUCCCCAGGAUCUAGAUGGCCUCCUCAACCUGGUCGAGCUGGUUACAUCGGAGCAACUUCGCCAAACGCCACAACUUCAUACCUUCAUCUACCAGCAUAUCAUCUGCAGUGACUCUAUCGACUUCUGGAGACGGACAGUCCUGCGAUGCUUGGACAUCUAUUGGGGAAAGGCUGCGUCGAACAAGACCAAGCACUUCCUGUUGCACUACAUUGUCAAUCCAAUUGUGGCAAUGGACGUCAUGCGCAAGGGGCACCGAGCCGAUGCGACAGCUCCCAAACUUCUUGAUCGCUCGGUCAUAGAUUCGGUGUCCUCAAAGAUCUGGAAAGCACACCCCGACAUGAGCCUCGAUGAUCAAGCGCAACCCGGCAUUGACCAGACGCGAUUUGAAGUCCUUCAGCUGUCCGCCAUGCUCAUCAAGUACUACCACGCGAUGUUGCAGGAAGCUCGCAAGGACAUCAUCAAGUUCGGCUGGACUUUCAUUCGCUUGGAGGAUGUCAUCAACAAGCACGCGGCUUAUGUCGCGAUUGCGUACUUCAUCGUGCACUACGACACUCCUUACAAGAUCGCCUCGCAAGUGUACAUGUCGCUGCUCAAGACUAGUCAGAAUGAGGGCCGGGCUUUGGUCAACCAAGCUUUGGAGCUGAUCGCACCCGUCUUGCCCAAGCGAUGCGUUGCCGCCAACUCGAACGAAAGAGUUCCCACUUGGGCGAUGGCGCCUCGCAAGGUGCUCGCCGACGAGGGCAACAAUGCACAGCAGAUGAGCAGCAUCUUCAACUUCCUCGUGAAGAACCCCGCGCUCUUCUUUGAGGCUCGGGACAAGUACAUGGGUCUCAUUGUCACCUCCUUGAGGAAGAUCGCGACUCCAUCAUCCGCUUCCUAUGAGAGCCGUAAGCUGGCAUUGAACAUGAUGUGGCUGGUUUGGACCUGGGAGCAGUGGCGCGUGGAAGGCAUGCCAUCAUCCCCUGUGGUAGAGACCAGGGCUGCCUCGUCCGAGUCUCCCUCGGCCAAAAAGCGCACGCUGAAUGGCGAGCUAGUCACGUCGUCACCAGGGCAAUCCGCUGCUCCAGUUGAGAAGCCUGAGCAGCAGCAGCACCAAGGCCUUCCACAGUAUAUGAAACUCAAGAUGCUUAAGUACCUCGUGGAGUUCAUUGCCCAACUCAACGAGCGCUACGUUCUGCCAUCGGCUAAGCCUCGCCCGGAACCAACACUGCAAAUUCCACAGCCUGCGCCCACAACCGAGCUGUGCAAGAAGGCGUUGACCCUGCUGCACAACCUUGUGCAGCCGACCUACUGGGGAGCUAUUGAGACAGACUUGUUCUCCAAUGUCACCGAUGUGAUUCUGUCCAGCGACAAGACGCAGGCCAUUCUCGGCCCAGACUCUGCUGGCGAGAAGGACAAGAGUGACGAUAAGUUUCUCACGAACAUCAUCAACACCCUACAGCUUGUCCGCGUCCUGCUCAAUGCCAAAUCGGACGAAUGGAUCCGCAACAAUAUUCCCGCCGUACAGAAAGUGCUAGAGAAGAGUCUCAAGUGCGAGUUCCCGGAGAUCCAAGACUGCCUACACCACUCUGACCCAGAGACCGACGUUGGGCCAAACAUGAGGUCAACCGUCAAGCGUGUGAUCGAUGCCAUACCUGACGACACGCCCAUGGAGGACGCCGAUGCUGAGGCUGAGCCGGAGGCUCAGACGUCAGAGUUCAUCUCAUACCUGUCGCAGCUUGCCACGGACGCGAUGAAUGCAAACAACUACAUCUCUGGCGUCAACCUUCUCUGGUCAAUUGGUCAACGCAAGCCACAGAUCAUUGAUCAGCAUAUCCCGGCGCUCAUGAAGGCAUUGCAAAGCAAACAUGCCAAAGAACAUGUUCAACACUACAAUGCCGCUCUGAGCGCAUCAGCUGCCAAGGAACUCAACCCGCCCUCCUCCGAGCUUUCACCGCAUGAGCUGGAGAUACAUACUCGCAUCAUGAUCAAAGAGAUCCAGACCGUGUCUCUACGUAUGGAGUGGCUAGGGGACAACCGAAGACCCUUUCUCAGCGUAUUGGCAACACUGGUUGAGAAGUCCAUGCAUAUCCCCCUGUGCAUGGAAAUUCUGGACAUGGUGGAGGGUUGGAUCUUCCGGUCUGAAGGGACAUGGCCGACGCUCAAGGAGAAAACGGCCGUGCUCCACAAGAUGCUGUCCUUCGAAGGACGAUCGGACCCAACUGUACUGAACAAGUUCCUCAAUCUGGUCAUUCGGAUUUACGAAGACCCGAAAAUCACGAGGACUGAGCUGACGGUGCGAAUGGAACAUGCCUUCUUGAUCGGCACCCGCGCCAAUGACGUCGAAAUGCGCAACCGCUUCAUGGCCAUCUUCGAUAAGAGCCUUUCGAAAUCGGCGAACGCCCGACUGUCAUAUGUGCUCACAUCACAGAAUUGGGACACACUCUCGGAGACUUUCUGGCUGGCGCAGGCCUCACAGCUUCUCCUGGGUGGGGUGGAGAUGAACGCCAUUGCACAGUUGCACCCCGAAGACUUCCAAAUGAUCAAGGCGUCGCAGCUGGCCACCGUUUACUCAAAGGAGAAAGCCGGACGUGAGCCAACGCAGAUGAUGGACGACAAUUUUGAAGCAUUCAUGGCCAAGCACAAACGGUUCGUGGCUGAGCUUGGCGAUGUCAAGGUCAAGGAUUUGCUUGAACCACUAGUGCAACUACAACACAUCGACAACCAGCUCUCGCACGAAUUAUGGGUGUCUUUGUUCCCCAUUUUCUGGUCUUGCGCCGCGCGUGAUGAGCGAAAUGACCUGGAGCGGGGCCUGCUUGCUCUCUUGACCAAAGACUAUCACAGUCGCCAGAUCGACAAGCGUCCAAACGUUGUUCAGUCCCUGGUGGAGGGUGCGGCGCGAACCAAGCCCCUUUGCAGGCUUCCCCCAGUGGUCCUCAAAUUCGUCGGCCGAACGUACGACACCUGGUACACAUCCAUUGUACAACUGGAAGAAGCAGCCAUCAAGCCCGAUUCCGACACGGCUAAGGUCCGGUCGUGUAACCUUGAUGCGCUGGUGGAGAUGUACGCAACGCUCUCUGAGGACGACAUGUUUUAUGGAACGUGGCGCCGGCGUUGCGAAUACGUCGAGACAAACGCUGCGCUAUCGUACGAGCAGAACGGCAUGUGGGACAAGGCGCAAAAGCUGUACGAAAACGCGCAGAUCAAGGCACGUACCGGUGUAAUCCCGCUGAGCCAGCCCGAAUACGUGCUUUGGGAAGACCACUGGGUACUGUGUGCCCAGAAGCUGCAGCAGUGGGAGGUGCUGCAAGAACUCGCGAAGCACGAGAACUACCAAGAUCUUCUUCUAGAGUGUGCUUGGCGCACUCCUGAGAUGUGGCAAGAGGAGAAUCAUCGGGAGGCCAUUGACGGUAUCAUUAAGGGCGUCAUCGAUGCGCCCACGCCCCGUCGGGCUUUCUUCCAGUCGUUCAUGCACCUUCUCAAGUUCCACUACCAACAGGAGGACAGUUCACACUUUAUUAGGGUGUGCGAUGAGGCAAUCCAACUCUCCAUCCGCAGGUGGCACCAGCUUCCGGACCGUCUGACCAACUCACAUAUUCCUUUGCUGCAGAACUUCCAACAGUUGGUAGAGCUUCACGACGCGUCGAACAUCGUCUCGAGUCUCGCCAGUACCAACGUUGGCAACCUCGAUAUGAAGUCGACUGAGCUGAAGAUUCUUCUUGGAGCCUGGAGAGACAGACUGCCCAAUGUCUGGGACGAUAUCACAGCGUGGCAAGAUCUUGUGACGUGGAGGCAGCACAUCUUCAACCUGAUUAACACGACAUACCUGGGCCUCAUUCCAGGGAACGGCCAGCAGAAUCCCAAUGGCGCCUCUUCAUACGCGUAUCGUGGCUACCAUGAAACCGCGUGGAUCAUCAACCGCUUCGCGCACGUUGCCCGCAAGCACAACCUCCCCGAGGUCUGCAUCGCUCAAUUGAGCCGCAUCUACACGCUGCCCAACAUUGAAAUCCAGGAGGCGUUCCUCAAACUCAGAGAACAAGCAAAGUGUCACUACGAGAACCCUGAUGAGCUUACCAGUGGUCUCGACGUAAUUAACAACACAAACUUGGGUUACUUCAAUCCUCAACAAAAAGCCGAGUUUUACACUCUCAAAGGCAUGUUCCUGGAGAAGCUAUCUCAGAAGGAGGAGGCGGACAAUGCCUACGGUACGGCUCUGUUUCACGACAUCACGGCCGCCAAGGCUUGGGCUGAAUGGGGCUACUUCAAUGAGCGCAAGUUCAACGAGGAUGCGUCAGAUGUUUCCUCAGCUCGCCAGGCCCUCACAUCGUAUCUGCAAGCUGCUGGCAGCUUCAAAAAUCACAAGGCGCGCAAGUUACUCGCCAGGAUACUGUGGCUGCUGAGCUUGGAUGACUCCAAGGGCGGCAUCGCCGCUGGUUUUGACGACUACAAGGGCGAGACACCAACUUGGUACUGGAUCACCUUUAUUCCUCAGCUACUCACUGGCUUGGGUCAUAAGGAGGCCAUGAGAGUCAAGGCUAUCUUGCUCAAGAUCGCCAAGACCUACCCACAAGCCCUCUACUUCCAGUUGCGUACCAACAGGGAGGACAUGCUAGUGAUUAAGAAGAGCCAGGAGGCCAAGGAGAAGGCCCGUCAGCAGCGACAACAGUCCGUUGCAGCAGCGGCAGCGGCGGCAAAGAACAGCGGCUCCCCUGCACAGACCAAGGCCGAGCCACCCAAAACUGAAGCUUCAUCGUCUCGUCCCGCGACUGCCAACGGCAAUGGUGCCGAAGCGCAACAGCCCACGCAGGAGGCGCAAGUCAAGACUGAGGGUAACGACGCGGAGGCCAACAAUGCGGCCCCUGUUUCUGCUCCUGCCACUGCGACCGCGCCUGCUACGGCUGCCAAUGCGAACUCCAAUCAGACCGGAAAUGCAAAUGCCAGCGCUCCUCCCGCUGCCAAUGCUGCUGGUGGCAACGAGAAACGGCCGCCUUGGGAGCUUGCUGAUGAGAUCAUGUCCGUGCUCAAGACCGCUUUCCCCUUGUUGGCGCUAUCCAUGGAGACAAUGGUCGACCAGAUCCAGAAGAACUUCAAGUGUCCGCCGGACGAAGAUGCCUAUCGACUCAUCGUCGCGCUGCUCAACGAUGCGCUUGCGUACGUGGCUAGAACGCCCGCCUCGUUUGCGAAGAGCGUCAAGCUUCCAGCGGCCACAGAGCAGAAUAUCACCCGCUUCGCCGAGACAAUCUUGCCGCCACACAUCAAGAAAUCCUUCGAGGCUGACUUUGUGGACGUCAAGCCAACCAUGUACGAGUACAUCCACAAGCUGCGGAGAUGGCGGGACAAAUUCGAAGAGAAGCUGGACCGCCGCACGACCCGCGUGGCGCUUGAGGUGUUCUCCCCUCACCUCAGCGAGUUCCGAUACCAGAAGUUGGAUGAGGUGGAAGUGCCAGGGCAGUAUCUCCAGCAUAAGGAUAAGAACCAGGACUUUAUCCGUAUCGAGCGUUUCUUGCCCAACGUCGACCUUGUUCGCACCAUCAAUGCAUCCUAUCGACGGGUGAAAAUGCGUGGACAUGACGGCAGCGUUCAUACGUGGGCAGUGCAGCAUCCUGCCGCUAGACAUUGCCGUCGCGAGGAGCGCAUUCUGCAGCUGUUCAGACACCUCAACCAAACCCUGAACCGCAAGAAGGAAAGUCGCCGUCGCGAUUUGCAGUUUACCCUGCCUCUCAUGGUGCCCCUCGCUCCACACAUUCGAAUCGUGCAGGAGGACUGCUCGUACAUCACCCUGCAAGGCGUCUAUGAGGAUCACUGCCGACGCAACGGGAUCCAAAGAGAUGAGCCUGUUCUCUUCACGAUGGAGAAGCUUCGCGGUGUGCACGAGCUCAACGUUAAUAACAAGGCUGAGCAGACUGCCACUGCACGAUUGGAGAUUCUGAACGCCAUUCAAGAGAAAUGGGUUCCACACACGGUUGCACUGGAGUACUUCCAGCAGACACACCCUCAAUUCGCGGACUUUUGGCUCUUCCGCCGCCAGUUCUCUUACCAGCUGGCGGCACUGACUUUCAUGACAUACACCAUGUACAUGCACGUCCGCUACCCGCAAAAGUUCAACAUUGCUCGUGGUUCGGGCAACAUCUGGGGGUCAGAACUCAUGUCGUACAUGAGCAACAACAAGCCGUACUUCACGAACCCGGAACCAGUGCCCUUCCGUCUGACACCCAAUCUCCAGACGCUGAUGGGCCCACUGGCGACGGAGGGCAUCUUCGCGAGCGCCGUCAUGGCUAUCGCACGCUGCCUCACCGAAUCGGAGCAUGAGCUCGAGCAUGCUCUCACGCUCACAGUGCGUGAUGAGAUGAUCUUCUGGUUCACUAGCACGCAUAGGCACGGCAGUGUCUCGGAACAACAGGUCCGUGAGUCUGUUCAUGUGAACAGCGACUCGAUUGUCAAGAGAGCCAUGAGUCUGGCGCAUAGCCCUUCGGGCAAUCUGCCAGCAACGCAGACGGUUAUCGACGCCAUUGCCAAGGCCGUCAACCCCAGGAACUUGGCACAGUGCGAUGCGCUUUGGAUGCCAUACUUGUAA